AUGUCGCAUUCUCGAUUACGAAAGUCCCGAAUACCGAAAUCCUAUUCAAGAACUAGCACAAAUGACCGUGUUGGGCUAAAAUUUAACACUUUUGCCUCGUUGGUACUUAUGGGAUUACCAAAGGUUGUGAAAGCCUUGCCAAUUCCAGCUGUUGAGCUCAUAUCCAGACAUGUUUCCUUCAAUGCGCAGAAACACGAGCCUCUCACGCAGUCCGAGUUUUACGUAUAUAUGCUUUCUGCCGUAUUUCUUGUCCUGCUUGGAGGUGUCUUUGCUGGUUUGACAUUGGCGUUAAUGGGCCAAGACGAGGUUUAUCUGAAGGUAAUUUCAACCUCAGGUACACCUCGAGAGAGGUACUAUGCACAGGAAGUUUUGAAAUUAGUCGGCAAAGGAAAGCACUGGCUGUUGGUAACUUUACUUCUUGGAAACGUGAUUACCAACGAGACAUUGCCAGUCAUAUUGGAUAGAUUUCUUGGGGGAGGAUUCCUUGCGGUGUUCUCCUCCACCAUUGCCAUUGUUAUCUUUGGAGAAAUCAUCCCCCAGUCGGUUUCUGUCAGGUACGGAUUGCAACUCGGGGCAUAUUUUGCUCCAUUUGUGGUUCUUCUGAUGUACAUCAUGUAUCCUGUGGCUUAUCCUAUUGCUAAACUACUGGAUUUCAUUCUUGGGCAGGACCACGGAACUCUAUACAAGAAGAGUGGUUUGAAGACUCUCGUAACUCUGCAUAAAACUAUGGGUGUCGAGCGUCUCAACCAGGAUGAGGUCACCAUUAUCAGUGCUGUUUUGGAUCUAAAGGAGAAGUCUGUUGGAGCGAUUAUGACUCCCAUCGAUAAAGUGUACACCAUGAGCUCAGACACGAUUUUGAACGAGGAUACCGUUGAAGAGAUUUUCAAUGCGGGAUUUUCAAGAAUUCCUAUCCAUUUACCUGGAGAGCCAACCAACUUUGUUGGAAUGUUGCUGGUGAGAGUUCUUAUCAGCUACGACCCCGAGGACUCGUUGCCAGUUUCUUCGUUUCCACUGGCCACGCUUCCAGAAACAGCCAGAGACACUUCAUGCUUGAACAUUCUAAACUAUUUCCAGGAAGGUAAGUCCCAUAUGGUGGUUGUUAGUGAUACCCCAGGCCACGAUACUGGCGCUCUCGGUGUAUUGACAUUGGAAGACGUUAUCGAAGAGCUCAUUGGCGAGGAAAUUGUUGAUGAGAGUGACGUUUAUGUGGAUCUCAACAAAAACAUCAAGAGAGAGAAUCCUGGUCCUCUUUCCAAGAGAACCCUUACAACCUAUCUUCACACGUUGUAUAACAGUGGAAGAAACCUGUCCACGCGGAAUUCGCUUGAUUCCUCUAAGGGUGUUCUUGCUGCUCAUCAGCCAAUGUACUAUCCAAAGAGGCAGUCCUCGGACACAAUUCCUUCCAACCAUACGAUGACUUCUCCCAGUCUGCUGCCGGUUGCUGGUUCGUCUUCUGCAGCUAUUGGUCACAACAUCACGUCUACAACUGCCAAUGGAAUCAAACCUUCGAAUUUGGCUGUGAAUCCAAAUCAAACAACUGUUCCAAACAUCGUGGUCAAGAAGCAGCCAGCUCUCGGAACUAACGUUUUGGUGAUUCCAGAGCCUGCAGUUAGUUUAUUGAACAACGAAGACUACGGGUCUGUUCAUAAUAACGAGGCUGCCGCUUUCGAAGAUGACGUUCAUGACAAUCUCGUGAGAAAGAAGAAUGCCGAGUUUAAGAAGUUUGUUCUUCCAGAAGUUAACAGAAAUUCUGUGGAUCUCUCGGACCCUCGGUCAAUUAGCAAAGGCAAAGGUGUUAUAGUCCCCAAGAACGGGAACUUGACGGCCUCUUCUAGAUCCUCUUCAAAGGGCGAUCUGCUCCAUCUCUCAGACUCUGAUUCGUUCUCACACAGAGGAAGCGGUAUUAUUGAAAGUGUGGUGAAUGUUAAAGGUGUGAGCAAGACCAUAAUUGAAAGUGCAUUGACUGAUAAUGAAGAAGAAAGAAGUGACGAGGAGGACAGCUCCAAUACCGAUGGAGACGAAGCCCACAACCUGAUGGGUGGUGUCAACAAGUCGAUUUCAAUGCCGAAAUCGAGAAAGAAGUGGAGAUGGUGA